AUGCUGCUUUAUAGCAACAGCUCUCUCCCUAUUGAAAUCUCUGAAUUCCUCCUCAACUGUUUUACCAGGUCUCCCACCUGGCAGCGCUGGCUGUCCCUGCCCCUCAGCCUCCUCUUCCUCCUGGCCAUGGGAGCCAACGCCACCCUCCUGAUCACCAUCUGGCUGGAGGCUGCUCUGCACCAGCCCAUGUACUACCUGCUCAGCCUCCUCUCCCUGCUGGACAUUGUGCUCUGCCUCACCGUCAUCCCCAAGGUCCUGGCCAUCUUCUGGUUCGACCUCCGACCCAUCAGUUUUUCUGGUUGCUUCCUCCAGAUGUACAUCAUGAAUUGCUUCCUAGCCAUGGAGUCAUGCACAUUCGUGGUCAUGGCCUAUGAUCGUUAUAUAGCCAUCUGCCACCCACUGAGAUACCCAUCCAUCAUCACUGACCAGUUUGUAGUCAAAGCUGCCACCUUUAUUUGGGCCAGGAACGUCGUUUUAACUAUGCCCAUUCCCAUUCUUUCAGCACAGCUUUAUUACUGCAGGAGAAAUGUCAUUGAAAACUGCAUCUGUGCCAAUAUGUCUGUCUCCAGGCUCUCCUGUGAUGAUGUCACUAUCAAUCGCCUUUAUCAAUUUGCUGGGGGCUGGACUAUGCUAGGAUUUGACCUCACCCUCAUCUUCCUCUCCUAUACCUUCAUACUGCGAGAUGUGCUGAGACUCAAGGUGGAGGGUGCUGUGGCCAAGGCCCUAAGCACAUGUGGCUCCCACUUCAUCCUUAUCCUCUUCUUCAGCACCAUCCUUCUGGUCUUUGUCCUUACUCAUGUGGCUAAGGAGAAGGUCUCCCCUGAUGUACCAGUCUUGCUCAAUGUCCUCCACCAUGUCAUUCCUGCAGCCCUUAACCCUAUUGUUUAUGGGGUGAGAACCCAGGAGAUCAAGCAAGGAAUCCAGAGGUUACUGAAGAAAGGGUGGUACUAA